CAGUUACUUUCAUCUGUUGUUUUCAAGUAACUCAACUCGCAGAAGUUCAAUUCAAUCUUUCAGGCAGGUCUUAUUUGCUGAUGUCACUGUUUCUGUCAAUACAAAAAAACUAACACAUAAAUUCUACUGAAAGCAAUUUAAGGUAUGGGGCAGUUGGAAUUAGUUGACACUUUAUCAGGACACUCUGGCCGAGUGUGGGAUGUGAGUUGGCACCCGAGUGGGACAUUGCUGUCAUCUUGUGGUGAAGAUAAAACCAUCCGCCUCUGGGGUCGAGAGGGCACCCGGUGGGCGCUGAAGACUAUCUUGACUGACGGCCACCAGAGGACGGUGAGAGAGUCGGCCUGGUCUCCGUGUGGGAACUACCUGGCCUCUGCGAGUUUCGAUGCUACCACCGCCAUCUGGGACAGGAAGUCCGGGCAGUUGGAAUGUAUAGCGACGCUUGAGGGUCACGAGAACGAGGUCAAAUCAGUAUCCUGGUCCAGGUCAGGACAACUACUGGCAACAUGCAGUAGGGACAAGUCCGUCUGGGUGUGGGAAGUGGGCGAGGACGAUGAGUACGAAUGUGCCGCUGUCAUAAACGCUCAUACCCAAGACGUUAAGAAAGUCUCAUGGCACCCCCAUGUGGACCUGCUGGCAUCUGCCAGCUACGACAACACCAUUAAACUGUUCAGAGAAGACCCGGCGGACAAUGACUGGUCGUGUGUCGCCACUCUGGCAUCACACGAGUCCACCGUUUGGAGUCUUUCUUUCGAUCGAAGUGGCAGCAGACUUGUCAGCUGCAGUGAUGAUAAGACGAUCAAGAUUUGGAAGGAAUAUUUGCCCGGUAACUCCGAAGGUGUAGUGACCCCUGGUAACGAGUCUGUGUGGAAAUGUGUUUGUACCCUGGCAGGCUAUCACGGUAGGACAAUCUACGAUGUCUGCUGGUGCCACCAGACUGAUCUGAUAGCGACGGCUUGUGGAGAUGACGCCAUCAGGAUAUUCAAGGAAGCUACCGGCUCGGAUCCGAAUGAACCUAUCUUCGAUUUGGUUGAAACCGUACACUGCGCUCAUUCGCAGGACGUGAAUUCCAUCCAGUGGAACCCUACUACGCCUGGUGUGUUGGCCUCCGCUAGUGAUGAUGGACUGGUGAAGAUAUGGAAUUUUAAAGCGUAGCUUCUGUAAUACUGUACUAGUAAGUACAGUUUGAUAUCAAAUUUAUCCCAAUGUUAGGUUAGUUUCUUAUGUAAAUACACUAUAUUCAUUUAAACAUUA